AUGGACUUGAGGGUAGGGAAGAAAUACAGAAUUGGGCGUAAGAUUGGAUCUGGAUCCUUCGGGGAUAUCUAUCUCGGCACCAACAUUAUAUCUGGGGAAGAGGUUGCCAUCAAGUUGGAAAACACUAAGGCCAAGCACCCACAGUUGGAGUACGAGGCAAAGGUCUACAAGGCGCUCAGUGGGGGAGUUGGUAUCCCGUUCGUUAGAUGGUACGGUACCGAAUGUGACUAUAAUGCCAUGGUUAUCGAUUUAUUAGGACCAAGUUUGGAAGAUUUGUUCAACUACUGUAACAGAAAAUUCACCUACAAAACCGUGUUAUUGUUGGCUGAUCAGCUUAUCUGUCGUAUUGAGUAUAUUCAUGCUCGUUGUUUCAUUCAUAGAGAUAUCAAGCCGGAUAACUUCUUGAUGGGAAUUGGUAGAAGAGGCUCCCAGGUCAAUGUCAUUGAUUUUGGUUUGGCCAAGAAGUACCGUGAUCCUAGAACCCACUUGCACAUUCCUUAUAGAGAAAACAAGAAUUUGACUGGUACUGCCAGAUAUACAUCAGUGAAUACGCAUUUGGGGAUCGAGCAGCUGAGAAGAGAUGAUUUGGAAUCUUUAGGUUAUGUGUUGAUAUACUUCUGUAGAGGAUCAUUACCAUGGCAGGGUUUAAAGGCCGCUACCAAGAGACAAAAGUACGAUAGAAUUAUGGAAAAGAAGAUCACCACUCCUAACGAUAUCUUAACCCAGGGCUUACCAAGAGAAUUCUUGGAAUACAUGAAUUACAUCAAGACCUUGAGAUUCGACGAUAAACCUGAUUACCUGUACUUAAGAAAGAUAUUCAGAGAUUUAUUCAAGAGAGAGAACUACCGUUAUGAUUACGUGUUUGAUUGGACUUUGUACAAGUUUCAACAAGAGAAGCAAAGAGAACAGAACAAGGUUGAAGGCGGAGAGCAACAAUCUUCGACUCCACAAGUUUCGCAACAGCAAGUUUCGACAUCGCAACAGCAACAACAGGGUCAGCUCCCAUCGGCUUCGCAGGUGCAAGCUUCGCGUGUGCAGCAACCUUCUCAACAAAUACAAAGUCAACCAUCUGGUGGCCAGACUGGAGGACAAGGGUACAAUGUGGACUCUCGUAUCUUGAUGCAAAUGCCGCUUCAGGAUGCACUCCAAGCUCAAUCGCAGCAGCAACAGCAGGUAGGUGGAGAUGGCCUCAAACAGGGUAGUCCUAUGUUAUUGCAGCAAAGGAAAGUUCAACCAUUAAGAAACUAUCCAAGUCAACAGCUGCAACAAUCUCAACCCCAACAUCAACAACAACAACCUGCUGCACAGAACAAUACAUGGAUCUAA